UUUCUCGUCAUUUCACGUUGUAUUUUUGCUGCAUAUUUCCUGCUCCGAUUGCCAUCAUCUCGCACUCUGGAGGGAGGUCUCUGAGCCUAUUGUGGUGGAUUCUCAAUUUGGAUUUUCAAAUCUCUUCAUUUCGCAUAGUUUUUUUUAAUUUUUAAUUUUUUUGUGUUUCGCGGUUUGUAUGCAGUAGUUUUUGUCAAGGUUUGUCGGUUUGGUCGAGUUGGACUCUUGGCCGUUUAGCUUUGCGUUCCUUGCUUUUGGUGCGUUUAUGCUGUCGAAGAUCAGUUUCGGAAUGAUAUGAGGCGCAGAAAACUGGUUGAAAGAGAAUAUUUUGUCGGCAGAGGCUUUAAAGCGGACUGUUGCAUUGUAAGUGACCAUGGCGAAGAGUUCUUUCAAGCAAGAGCAUCAUCUGGAGAAGAGGCAGGCAGAAGCUUCAAGGAUCCGUGGCAAGUACCCUGACAGAAUUCCAGUGAUCGUGGAGAAGGCGGAGAAAAGCGACAUACCAGACAUCGACAAGAAGAAGUAUCUGGUACCAGCGGACUUGACGGUUGGACAGUUUGUGUACGUGAUAAGGAAGCGCAUCAAGUUGAGUUCGGAGAAGGCCAUCUUCAUAUUCGUGAAGAACGUGCUGCCCCCGACAGCGGCCAUGAUGUCAUCGAUAUACGACGAGCACAAAGACGAGGAUGGAUUCGUGUACUUCACAUACAGCGGGGAAAACACGUUCGGAGGAGCGAGCGGGUGUUAGCAGGAUGGAAGAAGGGAGGUGGGAGAAGGCGGGUGAAUAAUGGAUGCACAGUUGGAAUGUUGAUAUAGGAGGCGGAGGUGGUGUUGGGUUUUGGGCCACGGGAGUGUAGGUGGGGAUGGAUGAAGUGGAGGUGUGGGGUGAUACAGUUGGGUUGAUGGGGCCAAUACCGUGGUGAAUGUGGGAUGAGGGAUUGGAAGGAGGAAGAUAGUGGUGUAAAUAUGAUUCAGGAAGUAUUGGAUACACAUCAGAGGAUACGAAUCAGCCGAGUGUACAUAGAACCCUGCAUAGGGGCUUCGAUCUGAUACCGUGUAGACAAUGGACAUGUGAUUUUUGCUUAGUGUGUCAGGGUUUGUGGCAGAACUGGAAUAAGCAUCUUGUUUUUAUACCUCCAGUUCCGAAUUCCAGGGGCAAAUGUGACGUGGAGAUGUAAUGUUCGAUGACCACUUUGUUUACCAUGAGCUGCUGAGUAACGGAUGUUGAAUACAGUGCAUCAUUUGCUGUACCAACAAGUUGGUUGAAAUCGGCAUAGCGUUUUAUGCCAAAUUAGCUAGCUUAGGGUACAAUAUAGGGGUGAAUUCAUGAACACGUAGAAUUCUAUUUAAAUCAGUUGGAUCUUGCUCACUCUCUCUUUAUAUAUAUACAUGUAUAAAAUAUUAAUGUAUUAUUCAAUUAUUUAUUUUGUGACUGA